AUGGCAAAAACCAAUACUUCCCAACAUUCGGGCCACAAACGUACUAGUAGCGCGGCCCUGUCUCCGCGGCUAACCAACAAAAAUAGAUACACACCAAUCGCAAAUCAUGAAGAUCAAAAUGUUGAUAACCUCGAAGAAGAGGACAUGGAUCUCGAAGAGGUAAAACAAAAAAUUCCUCCACUGUAUAUAUAUGAAAUCGAUGAUUACAUUAUGUUCCUUGAUAAGAUCACACCUAUGAUAGUAGACAAUUUUAACAUAAAUAAUAAAAAUGUAUUCUUGAAAUUAAAUCUAACAACUGUCGACGACUAUCGUACAAUCACCAAAUACCUAUCUGAAAUUAAAAUAAAAUACCACACUUAUCAACUUCCCGAAGAACGAAAUCUAUCAGUUAUAAUCAGAAACAUGCCAACUUCCAUCCCUGAAGAAACAAUAUUCAAGGCCCUUGUUGAGCUAAAAUUCAAUGUCACAUCGGUCACUCGUCUCCAAAACCGUUACAAAUCCCCUAUCCCAAUCGUAGCUGUCUUACUAGACAAAUCGGAAAAAAAUAUUUUUUCACUUGAUCGCCUACUACACUGCGUUAUCGCAGUUGAGAGCCGCAAAAGCGAUUCGUCCAUACCACAAUGUAAAAACUGCCAACGCUUCCAACAUACAAAAAAUUUUUGUAAUCUUCCCCCUAGAUGCGUCAAAUGCCUAGAAAACCACCAUUAUUCUGAAUGCACCAAAGACAUAAACACCCCACCUACAUGCGUCAAUUGCAAUGAAAGUCAUCCUGCCAAUUAUCGAGGUUGUAAAAUUUAUAAGCAAAUUAAAAUUAAAAAUAGCUCCAAACGUUUCAGGAACGCUCCUAAGCAUAUAAUGCAAUCGAGCAAUUUAAACGAUAAUAAUAAUACUAAAACCCCAGCCUAUACUGUCGAUCACAUAAAUACCCAAAAUCAAGACCCAAUCCAAAUAACUCAAAACUUAAGCAACACUCCACCCUACGCCGAAAAAACAAAAAAAAAAACUAAUCAACAUCAAAAAGAAGAAAUCAACAACUCAAAUAUCACUAACGAGCUUAUAAAGUCAUUAAUGCCACUAAUCAGCUCACUCAUCUCACAGAUUAUUAAAAAAGUUAUCGAAAAUCUACCAGCUCUAUUAAAUAAUAUCAAUGUCGUUUAA